AUGGAGGCGGAUUGGGACGAGCUAGCCAUCGCUCAAUUGCCGCCCCCAGGACCACACCUACCUGCUGUACCCAUAUCGACAUUCGCUUUCGACACAACACAAGAACUGCUAUGGACAGGAAACAACCAUGGGCGUGUCACGUCCUUCUACGGCCCUCACCUCGAACGCUAUACCUCGUACCGCGGACAUGCGCCUCCCGAUGGCCCCGUAAAGCAAUUCCUCUUCACCGAAAAGGGGAUUCUCUCCAUCUCUAAACAAAGCGUCCACUAUUCCCACCGCCGCGGACUCACACAAUGGCACCUGACGAGCGCCGAGUUCAAGGAUAUGACAUGCAUGAACUUCACCUCCAAAGGCACGCGCGAAAUCCUCGUCGCAGGAUGCCAGGCGCAAAUGUUCAAAGUAGAUGUGGAGAAGGGCAUCAUCACACAUACGCUCCCUGCCGAAGCUCAAUACACGAUCAUGAAGCGUGCUGGACAGUACCUUUGCGCCGCCACGAAGACCGGUAGUAUCCACAUCUUGGACUCAAAUUCGCUUGCCGUCAUCAAGGUGUUCGAAGGUCAUACUGGUAGCAUCAACGACAUGGACGCAAAGGGCGAUUUCCUCGCAACAUGCGGAUGGUCUCCGCGACAACAAUAUGCAUAUAUGCUGGAUCCAUUCACCAAUGUCUUCUCUUUGAAGACGCUCAAGCAGCUACCUCCCAUUCCAUUCCACACAGGUGCAGCCUAUGUGCGCAUGCAUCCCCGUAUGUCUACUACAGCUUUCAUCGCCUCUCAGAACGGCCAGAUGCAGGUCAUCGAUCUCAUGAACCCCGACUCGGCCAACCUCCGGCAGCUGAACUUCUACGAUUCGUUCCUCACUGGCUUUGAGAUGGCACCUUCUGGCGAGGCUAUUGCACUAGCAGACUCCAACUCGCACAUACAUCUUUGGGGCUCUCCGACCAAAGUACACUUCCCAGAAUACAGCAACCCAACAGAGACUGCAGAUCAUAAUGUUCCACCGCCCCCACAGAUGGAUUGGAGCCCUGACACACCCCUGAGUACUGUUGGUAUGCCAUAUUACAAGGAACAGCUGCUAUCAAGUUGGCCUAGUCAUCUAGUAUUCGAAGUCGGCGCCCCUCCGCCUAAGAUUGAUAGCACGAUACUCGGCAACAUGACGCGCGCCGAGAUUGGAUUCUACGCCAAGAACCCCAAUACGAAGCGCAGAAACCAAGCCGAAGCAACACGGCAGGUGGAUAGAGUGAGCGAAUCGCUGUCUGCCCCCAAGUUUCUAAGUGAGAAAGCUCGGGCAUCGCAGUCGUUCACCGAGCCAGAUGCCCGGAUAACAGAGACUAUGGAGACUUUGACCGACCUGCAUCUCGACGAUGUUACACGCAAAGAUGUUCCGGCCAUGUAUGGAAACGUGGAGAUCAAGUACAGCAAGUUCGGUGUUGAUGACUUCGACUUUGCCUACUACAACCAGACACCCUACUCUGGUCUAGAGACUCACAUUACCAACUCUUACGCCAAUUCACUUCUGCAACUCUUCCGAUUUACGCCGCUGCUACGAAAUCUUGCUCUGCAACACACUGCUUCGCCAUGCCUCUUUGAGUCUUGCCUUCUUUGCGAACUGGGGUUUCUCAUCGAUAUGCUCGAAAAGGCGGCUGGGCUCAACUGUCAAGCAUCUAACUUCUUGAAGACCUUCAGUGGCCUUUCGAAUGCAGUUUCCCUGAAUCUGCUUGAAGAAUUUGCUCCCAACGUUGCACUUACCACUAUGAUCCAGAACCUCAACCGCUUUCUGUUAGACAAGGUUUCCGAAGAAUUCCGACAAAUGCUUCCAGGGCACACUGGGCCUUCAGCCAUGGAUCAAGUACUGGAAACCCAAGCAAAAGCGAGUAUGAGAUGUGCACAGUGCAAUAACGAAACCAUCCGUGGAGGCAAGAACUUCGUCAAUGAGCUCGUAUAUCCUGCGAAGCAGGUGAUGAGGAACACUAGAAUAGCACGUCCGACCUUCUCACAGAUCUUGAAAGCCAGCGUCGAGCGGCAAGAUCAAACUCGGGGUUGGUGUACAAAGUGCAACCGUUACCAGCAGAUGGUACAGCGGAAGACGAUCCAGUCAGUACCUGGAGUGUUGAUGCUCAACGCUGCCAUACAAAGCCAUGAAGCCAAGUUGUUGUGGUCGACGCCCAAUUGGCUUCCGCAAGAGAUCGGGAUCAUAGUAGAUCAAGGUCAAUUCUACUGUUUCGAAGGCCAAGACCUGAAGCUACACCUACAACGCGGAGUACAUCAGAUCAUGGUCUAUGAACUUGUUGGAGUUGUCGCGGAUAUCAACAGCGGCGAGCGUCAGAAGCCUCAUCUGGUAGCGACCAUCAACACCGCACCUUCGUCACGAGAAGAGGAUUUAGAGGACAGAUGGCAUCUCUUUAACGACUUCCUAGUGAGACCAAUCCCCAAAGAGGAGGCUCUGCGCUUCGAUACAAGUUGGAAGCUUCCGUCUGUCCUGACCUUCCAGCUGAAGUCUGCCCGUAACAAGAUCGACGACUCGUGGAAACAAAACCUUGACACUUCCAUUCUGUACAGGUGGUGGUCGUCUAACCCAACGCCCCCCGAGGAGAAAUUUAAGCUUCUUCAACACUCAUCAGAAGAGCCACGCCCUGGCUACCCAGUCGCUAUCGAUGCCGAGUUCAUCCGCCUCCAAGCCGAAGAGAUCGAAAUGAAGGCUGAUGGCACCCGCCAGACCAUUCGUCCUGAUCGCAAGGGCUUAGCUCGUGUCUCAGUAUGUCGCGGCGAAGGAGAGCAGGCAGGCCUUCCCUUCAUCGAUGACUACAUCGCUGUAACCGAACAAGUGGUCGACUAUCUCACCGAAUGGUCUGGUAUAUCUCCGGGCGACCUCAGCCGCGAAACCUCUCCACACGCACCAGUAUCCCUGAAACACGCCUACAAGAAGUUAUGGCUGCUACUCAAUCUAGGAUGUGUCUUCGUCGGCCAUUCGCUUGCCAACGACUUCCGCACCAUCAACAUCCACGUCCCCAAAAACCAAGUCGUCGACACAAGCAACCUAUGGUUCAAACCAGACUUCAAGCGAAAACUGAACUUGAAGUUCCUGGCUUGGUGUGUACUGAAAGAGAGCAUCCAAGAGGACACGCACGAUUCCAUCGAGGACGCGACAACCGCUCUGAAGCUUUGGAGAAAAUGGCAGGAGUUUGAUGAUGCGGGCGUGCUGGAACAGAUGUUGAAUGAUGUCUAUGCUAAGGGCAGUUUGGUGGGAUUCAAGGCGCCAGGUAGUGGGGGAAGAGCUGUUGGGAAUGGUGGGCAGGGACAUAGGGCUGUGAGUGGGAGUUAUGGCGGGGAAGUACCGGAUCCAUUGACGACACCGAAGAAGGGAGGUAGCCAGUUUGGUAGUAUGGGCUUCCGUAGUCCGCUCAGGCGCUGA